AUGCCAGUUUUACUUACAGAAAACGUGGCUAGAGAGCUCGGACUCUCUAAUGGUACAUGUGGAAUAUAUCAUCAACUUGUAUACGAAGAAUCUUCAGCGGAUAUUCAAUUUCAUGACAAGAAUUUUCCAACAAAUAUCAAGUUUAUCACUCAACUAAAAUACGCCUUAGUAGAAUUUCCCAAUUGCAAACUUGAUUCUGAACUUGCUGAACUUCGAGCCAAGAUCAUUCCCAUAUCAACCAAUGAACAAAUAUUUCUGUUUGAUCUUAAUGAGCUUCUUGCUGGAAACGCUGCAAAAGCCGCAAAAAUUUUAAAAAACAACAAAAAACCUCAGUCAAGCGUAAAGCGCUUCCUUUAA